AUGUCUGUUAAAUGUGCAAUUGAACUAGGUAUACCAGAUAUCAUCCACAACCAUGGCAAACCCAUGACUCUCUCUGAGCUCAUCACUGCACUACCAAUCCACCCUACAAAAUCUCCCCAUGUCUACCGCCUCAUGCGCAUUUUGAUCCACUCUGGCUUCUUUGCUCCCAAAAAUACUAACGAAAAUGACCAAGAAGAAGUGUAUGUACUGACUGAAUCUUCCAGGCUCCUCAUUAAGGACAAUCCCUUGAGUGUGACACCUUUCUUACUAGCCAUGGUUGAUCCAAUGUUGACAACGCCACGGAAUUAUUUGACCACUUGGUUCCAAAAUGAGGAUCUUACGCCAUUUGACAUGGCUCACGAGAAGACAUUUUGGGAUUAUGGGGGGGAUGAACCAAAAUUUGCUAAUAUUUUCAAUGAUGCUAUGGCUAGCGAUGCACGCUUAGUCAUGAGCAUUGUGGUUGACAAGUGUAAGGGGGUGUUUGAGGGACUGAAGUCAUUUGUCGACGUUGGAGAUGGCACAGGAACUGUGACCAAGGCCAUUGCCGAUACAUUCCCAGAUAUAGAGUGCACUGUAUUUGAUCUCCCACCCGUAGUUGCUGACUUUCAAGGGAGUAAGAACUUGAAAUAUGUUGGAGGGGACAUGUUUGAGGCAGUUCCUCCUGCUGAUGCUGUUUUUAGGAAGUUGGCGCCGUCUGUGGGAAAGACUGCAACUUGUAAGCCAUACAAACGCUUCCCGGACAAAGAGUUGCAUGGUACUUACUCGCUUGAUGGCAGCCGCCAACAACGUUCAGGGAGACGAGCCACGACCUACUACCCUGGAGAGACAGGUCCAAACCCUUACAGCGGCAGUGGAACGCCUCACUAG